UCUACAUCUCAUACCCAUAUUAUCCCGUCUUGGAAAGGUUACCCUGAAAAUUGGAAAAUCCGAGAAAAGCUGAACGUGCUUUUUACAAAGGAUAAGCGUAGUUCUUAGUAGUCCUGAAAAAGUUUUCAAGGGAAAAAAUUCACGAUAAUUGCAAAGAAAAUCCGGAAAAACUACAAAAAACAUAACAAAGCUUGGUUGUUGCUGCCUUGUUCCACCAUUGCUUUGUACUAAUCGUAAGUACAAUCGGCGUCGGAUUCCUUUCAUUUAAAGCCUGUGGAAUGUAAGAAGUAGAGAAUGAAAUUAGUAUGCAUUAGCUCUUUUCACAAUCACUUCUGGAAGGAAGGUGGAAUUAAAGCAGACGUACAGGCGCGUAACCAGGUGCUCGUAACAGUGUCACACAUUCUUCUUCGUGAAGAGCAGACAGCUUUCUAAGCCAACCGUGACCCAACGCCGUCGAAAAACUCUUCCGAAAAAGGAAUAAAAAGUGUGUGCGUGCGGAAUUUACUAAAUUAACUGUCGUCUAGUCGUUUAUUUUCAAGUGUCUUUUUUAUUAAGUGUUUGUGAUUUUAUAGUGUACUAAGAAGCACGAAAACUAAUGAAACCAAAUUAACAUUCAACAUGCGUGCUAGUGUUACCAUAAAAUCGGCAAAAUUAUGCGAAAAAUACUUUCCGUUUCAAUAUCGUUACCGAUCUCAUGCCGCUAUCACAUCUAACAUUGCUUCAAACAACUUCUUCCCAUGUGAAGAUGAGGUUUUACAAGUGGCUAAACCUUACUCAGACGUACCGGGCCCGAAACCCAUACCAAUUUUAGGUAAUACGUGGCGUUUGUUACCAUUAAUUGGUCAAUAUGAUGUAUCUGACGUUGCCAAACUUUCUGGCCUAUUUUACAAAGAGUAUGGAAAAAUUGUUAGAUUAAGUGGACUUGUGGGAAGGCCAGAUUUACUAUUCGUAUACGACGCCGACGAGAUCGAAAGGGUUUACAGGCAGGAAGGACCAACUCCAUUUCGUCCUUCGAUGCCUUGCUUGGUUAAAUACAAGGGUGAAGUAAGAAAGGAGUUUUUUGGUGACUUACCUGGAGUUGUGGGUGUGCACGGACAGCCUUGGAGAGACUUCAGAACCAAAGUUCAGAAACCAGUUUUGCAAAUUCAUACUGUUAAGAAGUAUAUCGAACCAAUCGAGGAUACAACAAAUUAUUUCAUUCAAAGGAUGAUGGAAAUGAGAGAUGAACGAGAAGAGAUGCCAGCUGAUUUUGAUAACGAAAUUCACAAGUGGGCUUUAGAAUGUAUAGGAAAAGUAGCACUAGACGUUCGAUUAGGUUGUUUAGAUCCAAAUCUACCGCCGGAUUCCGAACCCCAAAAAAUUAUCGAUGCUGCAAAGUAUGCCUUAAGAAAUGUAGCAAUUCUGGAAUUAAAAUUUCCAUUCUGGAGAUUCUUCCCAACGCCUCUUUGGACCAGAUAUGUAAAUAACAUGAACUUCUUUGUAGAAAUUUGUUCGAAAUAUAUUAACGCAGCGCUAGAGAGAUUAAAAAUGAAAACGGUAAAAAAUGAAAAGGAUUUGUCACUGGUUGAAAGGAUCCUUGCAAAAGAACCUGACACUAAAACAGCAACCAUUUUAGCUUUGGAUUUAAUUUUAGUAGGAAUUGAUACCAUUUCAAUGGCUGUAUGUUCAAUUCUAUACCAACUGGCUACAAGACCGGAUCAGCAAGAAAAAAUAUAUCAAGAACUGAAAAAUGUACUGUCUGACCCCAAUACACCGCUUACAGUGAAACUGUUGGAUCGGAUGGUUUUUCUCAGAGCAUUCGUGAAAGAAGUCUUCAGAAUGUAUUCUACAGUAAUUGGUAAUGGAAGGACAUUACAAAAGGAUACUGUUAUUUUAGGCUACAAAAUUCCCAAAGGGGUUCAAGUGGUUUUUCCCACUCUGAUAACCGGAAGCAUGGAGGAAUACGUAAGUGAUCCUGAAACAUUUAAACCGGAAAGGUGGAUGAAAACGCAUAGUCACAGUAAUAAAUUACAUCCAUUUGCCUCGUUGCCGUACGGUCAUGGAGCAAGGAUGUGUUUGGGGAGAAGAUUUGCAGAUUUAGAAAUUCAAAUACUAUUAGCCAAGUUAAUUAGAUCAUACAAACUAGAAUAUCAUCAUCCCCCACUGGAUUACAAAGUGACAUUUAUGUACGCUCCCGAUGGUGAACUCAAGUUAAAAGUUACCAAAAGAAAUGAAUCAUAAUUAUCUACAAUACACAGUUUAACUAAUUGUAAUGUAAAGAAAGACUUAUUCUAACUGUAUAUUAUUAUGUACAUACUACUACGUUAAUAAAUACAUUUU